AUGGCCUGGUGGUCUCCUGUUCCCUUUCACUGGCUUUCGCUUGGCAAAGCUUGCGUCCAAUUUGCUUCAUCUCGCGACGCGGCCUCUGCUGUCCGCGAAUUAGACGGCUCAGUCCUUGAUGCGCGUGUGAUCCGGGUGGAUGCUUGGGAAAAUCAUCACUGGCCAUGUCGUAACAGAAACGAGAUGGCUUGCUACGUUUACGUCUCGGGUCUUUCUUUCUACACGCAGGGCUGGAAACUCAAACGCCACAUGGAGCGUUCUGGGCCAGUCGUCUGGGCACAGAUAAUGAUGGUAGGGGGCCAUAGUCGGCAAUUCCCACCAAACUAUUGGCAGAAGAGUGCCUUGCAAGCGCGUCUUGAUCGCUUGCAAGAACACUGCCAUGGCUGCGAAGAGCCUACUUUGCAAAGGGAUGUUUACCCAGAGGAUUCGUGCUCCAUUCCAUCAGAACAGCCGGUUGACAGAGCCAAGAUUAAGAUUGAUUUUUUCUCAUUGCCGUUGGUCAUCCUGGACAAAGUAAUUGAAUAUUCAGGCACGUUUUCUUGCACUCUAUUGUGCCGGCGUGCUUCCACUGACUUGGCUGAUUGUGCUGUCCGCUCUCUGCAAGCCUGCACAACGGCCGCCCUUCUGCUCUCCUUCCGACAACGGUUUGGGCUGCCACUUUUGCGGGGUGAGCACGCAGCGCACUCAGCAGUCCGGUCUUUGACGGCUUGCGUCCGCUUUGCUGGCACAUACACGCGCAACAAUCCAAAAGCCAUGGUGGGGCUGGUUGGCAAUAUUUUGGAUUGUCUCCACUGUGAUGAAUCAGGCGUGCGGACAGGGGCCACUGAAUUCCUCAAAAAACUUACGGAACGUGGCUUCCAGAUACGGCGGCUGGUAGCGAAAGGUCUGCUGACUGCCUUGGGUGGAACCAGACAGGGUCACGAGCUGAGUAUGUCUGAAAGAAGUCGAAGCGUGGCCAUUUUGGGCCUAUGUGCCGGACAGCUCGGCCGCUUUGCGGCAGCAGCUGUCGCAUUACUGCAUGAGUCGGCCAAGCGGCAGGAAAAAGGUGCCAUGCAGGCCCUUGCUGCCUUAAUGCAGGCCGAGCCUGUCAACAAACACCCACGUGCAGCUAAGUUUUUGGCCGCGGCCAAUGCCACUUAG